AUGGCAGCGAAACGCGUACUCGUCGUUGCAGGUAUUGGUAAUGGCUCUGGGACUGGCGCCUCCACUGCGCGCCUGUUCGCGAAGAACGGCUACAGUGUCGCCCUCAUCGCACGAGGCGGCGACUUUGUGAACAAGCUCGCGAACGAGAUCAACACCUCUGGCGGGCACGCCGCGCCCUUCGUUAUCCCCUCCUACGCCCACGCAGACGUCACCGCCGCCUGGACCGCCAUCACCUCCGCAUUCCCAAAGCCCGAAUACACCAUCCGCGCCGCGCUCUUCAACACGGCGUACGGCGUCUGGAAGCCCUUCCUCGAGGUCACCCCUGCCGAAGUCCAGGAAUCCCUCGAGACGAACGUCGCGGCCGCGUUCGCAUUUGCUCGUGGGGCGAUACUCGCGUUCAAGGAGAAUGAGGUGGAGGAAGCGAAUGGGAAGAGGGGCGCGCUGAUCUUUACGGGCGCGACGGCGAGCGCGAGGGGGAAUACGACGACGAGCGCGUUUGCGGCGGGCAAGUUUGGCACGCGGGCGCUGUCGCAGAGCCUGGCGAAGGAGUUUGGGAAGGAGAAUAUACAUGUGGCGCAUGCUAUCAUUGACGGAGCCAUCCUCACCGACCGCCAACGCGACCGCAACAGCCCCGAAUGGCAGAACAACGCGGACGUCCGCUUGAGUCCCGACAGCAUCGCUGCUUCGUACCUCUACCUCGUCAACCAGGAUAGGUCUGCUUGGACUUGGGAGCUUGAUCUGCGUCCCGCUCAUGAGAAGUGGUAA